AUGGAGGGUGGAGAGGUGCUUCUGAAUGCCAACUCAGACAAAUCCUUGACUGACGCAGAGCAGAUGGUGAAGACUGCCCUGUCCAUACAGAGCCUCGUGGUGGAGAACCAGGAUGUGUUGAAGAUGCCUGGGUGGAAGGAUCUGAACAGCCACCUGGUGGAUGCAUACAACUUCCCAAAGAAGAACACGGUGGUGAUAAAGCUCCAUCCAGAGAAUCAUUGUCUCUGGCUUUCUGGACCCGGUCAAAGAGGUCAGCAACUGUCUGGAGGACUUUGUUGAAAAAUACUCACAAGUCGAAGAGGCUGUCUGUGUCAAGUCCUGUGCCGUGGUUAAAUUCAUCCAGGAGAAAAAAUCUCAGAACUGUAGACAUUUUGCCAAGCGUGAUGAGGUGAAUGUCUGCUUUGUCCCCAGAAGGCCCAGAAUCUUCCUCUCAGGGUCCCGUCUCUAUGUCAAGAAGGCCAAGGCGUCCUUUCAGAAGAUGGCGGCUGCCUUCUGCACUGAUGAGCUCACCAUCAUGAAGCCUGGAGCAAGGAAGUACUUCCAAGAGCAGGAGAGCAUGUUUACAUCCAUGGCGAUGAAGGAGCACGGAUGUGUGGCACUUCUGCAGGAGGAUCACAUGUUGGAGAUCGAGUGUGUGAGUGCUAUGAGUCAGCCACCAAGGGGACGAGAGGGGGUGGAGGAGAACAUUUUCACCAAGAUCAAAGGUCAGUCAGUAUGAACGUGUGUGAGGUAGAAGACAUUGUGAGGUCUAAAUGUAAAUGACAAUACACCAAGUGACACUUUAUCAUGGUGUUGAUGUUCUGUGCCCUUUCUUCCGCACAAUAGAUGUCUUUAAGGGACCCAGUAAUGGAAUCUCUGGCAGUGAGAACUUUGUCAUGGAGGGUGAGGAGUUUUCCCCAACCGUGUUCCAGCUGUGUGCAGAGAGGCCCCCAAGCUUUGAGCCGUACCCAGGACUGGGUUGAAAACCUCAUUGUGAAGGAGCAAACUGAGAGAACCAUCAAGGACCCAUACGUCAGCCAGCUGAGCCAGGGGGACGUGGUUAGACUCCAGGCUAUGCAGAGGGAGCUGACUGUCAGGAUACGUCUGGAGAAAAAAGGGCCCUGACUCUCUGAUCCACCUGGAGGGCCUGAGCUUCGAUGUGCUUACUGCAGACAGAAGCAUCAGGGACAUGGUCCGGUCGGUAGAGACAGAGGACCUCAGGCUCAAAGAAACCUUUCGGCGCAUCCAAAAACAAUCCAAGAUAUUUGGAAGACAAAUUGAGUUAUUUGGAAAAGAACUAAUAGGUGACGCUAUUAUAUAUUCUCAUCUGUUUGGAUAAAAAAUGUAAAUAAAUGAAGGUAUUUAAAUCAGUGAGAGCUGAUAUAAAACCAUUUCUUCAAAUAUGUUUUGACAUUAAUUACAUCAAUAUGCAUUCAAGGCUGUCAAUUAUAUAUUUUCCCAGUACUGAAUUUAUUCAUUUAAUGACAGCAUUUAUUGUGUCGUGAAUAGUUUACUAAAUGCCAAAUUGUCUCUCUUUUGUCCAGACAAAUGUCUCUAUUUUGUCCAGGCAGGUUCUCUGCCUACACAGUGGGAUGACAUGAAUGGUUCCCUCUUAAAGCUGGUCAAUCUUACUCCAAGAUCAAGGGAAUACGAUGAUGUGGAGAGGGAGUGUGUGGAGACAGGGCUUACCCACACCAUUAUUAAAGUAUGUUAACGGUAACUUGAUCUCAUGGACUGUCUUUCAAUACCUGAAAUAUAGAUCAGAAAUAUUGGAGGCCAGAGUUUCUGAAAAAUGAAAUUAUGUAGGUCCAGAUACUUGUAGCCAGAGGUGUAACACAUCACUGUAAUAUUAUUAUGAGAUAAUAAUAAAUACUAUAUAAAUCAAUAAUAAUAAUAAUACAUAACAAUAAAUACUACAUAAAACAUAAAUAAUAAUAAUAAUAUAUAAUAUAAAUCAAUCAUUUAUUAUUAAUAAUAAUAAUAAUAAAUAAUAUAAUAUAUAUAUAUAUAAACAAUUAAUAAUAAUAAACAAUAUAUACAUAAAUAAUAAUAAACAAUAUAUACAGAAAUAAAUAAUAAUUAUAGAUAAUAAUACAUAAUAAAAUAAUACAAUCUUCUUGGGCUCUAUUUUAACAAACCUAACGCAAUGGUAAAUCUUAGUGCUGGCAAUCUUAGUGAUGAACCCUAGGUUCAGGGUUGUGCCAGAUUUUUUAUUUUAUUUUGACAACCAGAAUUAUGGGUGCUGUAGCUGGCGGUGGCGCAAAAGGGCUGGGUUUUGAUGAAUAAACACGUUUUAGGUGUAUCGAGGUUUGACCCCACACUGGCCAAUCAGAGGGUGCUCCAUGGCUAAAUAUGUGGUUAUCUCAAGUUGUGUAUUCAUGGUCUUUUAUGUAUUGCAUUGUCACCGACUCCAAUUAGAUUAUUAGUCCGUUACCUAGUUUGUUAAAUAGCCUACAGAAACAAAAUAACAAAAUGUAUCCUUUGUAGGCCAAUCCUAUCUUUGCUAAAUAUGUUGAACAUGUUUGCAGUUCACAUUGUAAGAAAAUUGCAUGGCUUCAAUAUGGAACAGUAUUGUUCAACAUAGCAUUCACACUGACACAGGGGCUAGGACUACUGUAAAUUACAUAUUAUCUGCCAUGGCUGAGCCAUGGACAUGCUAAACAUUGUCAAUAAGCAAGAUUCAUUUCACUAUUGAUAAGGCUUAAAAAGAGAGUGAAUAAUUCUAAUCAAAUUCUAAUUAAAAAGAAAGACCUUGUUUUAAAUAGGCUACCUCUAAAUACAGUUACAGGCACCAUAACUGCUCCCCGUGGGCAUAUAAUAUUAAGGUAGACUCUGGAGGCUUUUACGUACAUCCAAAAUAAUAAUGGGAGCUGGCUAAAAUAAUGAUUAAAAGGGGAUGUCCACUCAAAAAUAACAACGGGAUAACAAUGAGCUGACUAAAAUAAGGAUUAAAAGGGGAUGUCCACUCAAAAAUAACAACGGGAUAACAAUGAGCUGACUAAAAUAAUUAUUAAAAGGGGAUGUCCACUCAAAAAUAACAAUGUGAUAACAAUGAGUUGACUAAAAUAAUGAUUCAAAGGGGAUGUCCACUCAAAAAUAACAAUGGGAUAACAAUGAGCUGACUAAAAUAAUGAUUAAAAGGGGAUGUCCACUCACUGUUUUGCUGCUUCCAAACUUGAUCUUUUAAUAAAGUGUAGUGUAUUAAGAUUAUGACUUUGAUAAGGUUUUAAGUGGAACUUGAGAGGAUGUUUAUUUAGAAGAAAGAGAGACAUUUUUAGGGUGACGCCCCAUACAAGACAGGGGAUUGGACAGUAGAGGGAGCAGCCCAUAUUUUGGUGAAGAUUAUAUAUACUGGAUGGAGACAAAGAGGACCAGAGCGGCCAUUGCAAUUUGGGAACCACUGCUCUCCGGGUGAUCUGGACACCUGUACACUUAUGCUGAAAUCUUGUGAUAUGAAUAAAACUUAUGAUCAAAGGUCAGUAUAAGCGGACUCCUUUGUUACAGCAUUAUUAGCAACAUUGACUCGACACUACAAAAGCUUUGGUGAUUCAUAUUUAUUUCAAAGCAGUCUCACGAGCCAAACCCUUUGUUGAGUGGCUGCUAUUUGGCAAAUGCAUUGGGCAGGACACAAAAAAAAAACAGCUUUCACUGAGGGGAGGCUAUGUUUGGCUUUAAAUUAAAUGAAGCGAAAAACAAGCAAUCUACUUUUUUUAAACAACAACAAUAUUUCCAAAUAUGAUGGGGUCAGAAGCAUGAUAUCAUAAAUCGCAUCUCUCGUUCCAUGGCACUGUGUGCAAACGUAGACCUAAAUGUCUUUAUGCUUAACAUUUACAAUUGCAUCAUUGACUACGUGCGAGGCACAUUCUAAAAAAAAAUCUGCUGUUGAUAUGGCAUUAUAAGAGAACUGAAUAGUUUGGAGGAGUGCGUCUUUGGUAAUCGGACGAGGGGCGCUCUUUGAAAAUAGGGAUGGAUAGCCUACUUGAACAAGCGAAAUGAAGUAUGCAGGUAUGUGUAUUGUGAUAUAUAGCCUACUUAAACAAGCGAAAUGAAGUAUGCAGGUAUGUGUGUUGUGAUGGAUAGCCUACUUGAACAAGCGAAAUGAAGUAUGCAGGUAUGUGUAUUGUGAUGGAUAGCCUACUUGAACAAGCGAAAUGAAGUAUGCAGGUAUGUGUAUUGUGAUGGAUAGCCUACUUGAACAAGCGAAAUGAAGUAUGCAGGUAUGUGUAUUGUGAUGGAUAGCCUACUUGAACAAGCGAAAUGAAGUAUGCAGGUAUGUGUAUUGUGAUGGAUAGCCUACUUGAACAAGCGAAAUGAAGUAUGCAGGUAUGUGUGUUGUGAUGGAUAGCCUACUUGAACAAGCGAAAUGAAGUAUGCAGGUAUGUGUGUUGUGAUGGAUAGCCUACUUGAACAAGCGAAAUGAAGUAUGCAGGUAUGUGUGUUGUGAUGGAGAGCCUACUUGAACAAGCAAAAUGAAGUAUGCAGGUAUGUGUGUUGUGAUGGAUAGCCUACUUGAACAAGCGAAAUGAAGUAUGCAGGUAUGUGUGUUGUGAAUCAUGAAAAAGCAUGAGGACAAAAGCCUCCAAAAUAUUCCAAGGCACUCUCAGUAGAACAUUCAAAAACCCUUUAUUCAUACAGGCUACUUGGCUAACUUAUUGAUAGAAAUACACCUAUGAGAAGCUGCUAAACCAGCCUUGAUUAAAGGGGAGGGGAGGCUAUGCUUGGUGUUUAAUCAAAUUAAAGAAAUGAGGGGAAAACAAUCGAGGCAGAAAAGUCACAUCUCUCGUUCCAUGGGCACUGUGCGUCACAGCUGGAUAGCCUGCGCUUCCGCUCUCAAAAUCCAUGCCAUUACCAACUGCAUUACUCGUAAGACCUGCUUUUUGUGGGUCUUAAAACUUCCCAUUAGGGCUGCAAGAAAUUGUCACUUUUGCGCUUGUUUUCAAGGACACACCUCAAAUAUUGCCACCCCUCCCACCUCAGCGCAAGCGAGCUGAUGUCAGACAGGUAAAUUGCCGAACCUGGCAUAAGGGCUGGAAAAUGUCAGCGCGCCAGUUUUUACGUAACAAAAUUGUAAACUAACGUGCGUUUGACAAUUGCGUCUCCUUAGCGGCUGAAAAAUUAUAUAUAUAAUUGAGCCCAUUGCCUGAAAAUGAGGUGAAAACAGUCAAGAGCUAACAAUAACUGACAUUGUUUGUUCUUAUCUACGCAUGACAUCCUUCCAUUACAUGGUAUAGCACUGAAGUAAUAAAUACAUCCUAGUUUCUUUUUUAAUAAUACUUUUUCUGUGCUGUACUUUUUCCUCAUAUUGGUAGAUUGAACGAGUCCAGAACAAGGCACUGUGGAAGAACUACCAGAUAAAGAAGAAAGACCUGGAGGAGAAGAACAAGCACUACAACAACGAGAGACUGCUCUUCCAUGGCACCAGUUCAAACUCCAUCAGUCAGAUCAACAAUCACGGCUUCAACUGCAGCUACAUAGAAACACCUGGUAUCCGAAUGGGAAGUCCAUCUCCCCAGGGUUUGGGAAUGGGAAGUCCAUCUCCCCAGGGUUGGGGAAUGGGAAGUCCAUCUCCCCAGGGUUGGGGAAUGGGAAGUCUAUCUCCUCAGGGUUGGGGAAUGGGAAGUCCAUCUCUCCAGGGUUGGGGAAUGGGAAGUCCAUCUCCCCAGGGUUGGGGAAUGGGAAGUCCAUCUCCCCAGGGUUGGGGAAUGGGAAGUCCAUCUCCCCAGGGUUGGGGAAUGGGAAGUCCAUCUCCCCAGGGUUGGGGAAUGGGAAGUCCAUCUCCCCAGGGUUCAUAUGAUUUUCUUGUAAUGUAGAAAUUGAUAUAAAUAAUGAUAAUCUGCUGUCUGAUGGAUAUUCAACUUCAAAAUUUGAUUUAUUCAUUUUAUUAUCAGCCAAUGGGACUUGUUAGGGAUGCUGGCAGCAAAGCAAACCUAAUGUUUCUGAUGGAAUUCUUCUUAUAUAUAUAUAUAUAUAUUUCUGUCUUUCUUUCUUUCUUUUCUUUCUUCUUUCUUUCUUUCUUUCUUUCUUUCUUUCUUUCUUUCUUUCUUUCUUUCUUUCUUUCUUUCUUUCUUUCUUUCUUUCUAUCUUAUUCUUCGGCCUUUGUCGCAAUAUCUCAAUGACGAUUGAUAAAACAAUAUAUACUUUGGCAAUAUCGAAGUAUAUCAACACCACUACUCAGACACCAAAACGUCUCAGACCUGCCACCCAGUUUGACGUACACGCACAGACUUUCUAUGUAAGUGUUUCUCAUCAUAAGCAACAAAUUAGCCUCAAGGACCCGUAAGGCACGCAAUAUUGAAUUUUCCGCCAUCUUGGAUUUUUCAUAAAAUCUUCAAAAAUCUUCGAAUAAACCGUACAUCCGAUUCACUCGAAACUCAGAAUGUAGAUGAAUUAUGUCUGUCUUUACUUAACCUUUUACUGCAGUGGGCUAAAUCAGGGUCACACAGUACCUUUUACUGCAGUGGGCUAAAUCAGGGUCACACAGAACCCUGUUUACUGCAGUGGGCUAAAUCAGGGUCACACAGAACCCUUUACUGUAGUGGGCUAAAUCAAGGUCACACAGAACCCUUUACUGUAGUGGGCUAAAUCAGGGUCACACAGAACCUUUUACUGUAGUGGGCUAAAUCAGGGUCACACAGAACCUUUUACUGUAGUGGGCUAAAUCAGGGUCACACAGAACCUUUUACUGCAGUGGGCUAAAUCAAAACCAUUCAUCUUGGGGUGACGAGGGGAGCAGGGUUCCAAAAUAUAAUCAUAUCACACACAAUUUUUUAAUACAGACUAGCGCAAAAACAAGUGAAACUUGACAAAUUAUCCAAUGGAUUAUGAUGAUUUGUUGGUAAAACAGUGGAGGUGCAAAAACAUACGCCUAUUUUAAUUGGCUCCAAAAACUCGCUGUUUUUUUCUGGUUCAAUGAAGAUCAAUGAACUUAGUAGAUCAGACCCAGCUGCUAUUGUAUUGGUGUCCAUGGAAGACCCACCCCGUUAAGUAGACCGGAACUGACCAUUUUUUAAAAUGGUAAAUGACCUGAGUUAACUAUCUUUAUUUAUCUACCAUCUUUGAUGUAGCCAAAGAUUAUCUAUUAUGUUGCUCAGCUCAGUUGCUAACUGAGGCGUCAUUGUAAAUAAGAAUUUGUUCUUAACUGACUUGCCUAGUUAAAUAAAGGUUAAAUAAAAUAAAUAAACUUUGCAGGUGUUUCUGAUUAAUAUACAAUGCCACGCUGGUUGGGGUGGUACCAUUUCAAAUAAAACCCAGCCCUGAAACGAAACGUAGGCUAAAAUGAAUUUACAUGUCAUUUCAUAGGAAAAGACUCGGCAUUGGCACGAAUUAGCACGAAGCGGGCAGUUCGGUUUUGUCAUUUCAAGCCCAAAUAUAUCAUACCUUGAGUAAAACAAUGACUUAUUGACUUACAUUGUUGUGAAACAUCAUGGAUAAGCUCUGGCCAUCGUCUUUCAGCUCAAAAAAAGUGAAUUUAUACUGGUGUGUGCGUUUCAGUUAGAAGAAAGCUAAGCGAUAAACAGAUUGGCCCAUAGGUGGCGCUAUACGAAGGAUUCAAAGUCUAAGGCUCAGCUCCGCCACCCCGUUUGACCUACAACCAGGAAGCUUGGUAAAUAAGUGUUUUUCAUCAUAAGGAACAAAUUUGCCUAAAGGACCCAUGAGGUCCACCAUGUUGGAUUUUCCGCCCUAUUGGAUUUUUCAUAAACAUUUUCAAAAGUUGUAUUCUCAUUAACCGUACAUCCGACUCCAAACUCAGAAUGUAUGUUAAUCAUUUUUUGUCUCUAGUAUGUUUGAGAAAAUCUAAGUAAUAGAUCAAAAGAUGGUUUCUUUGUAAAAAGUUGAACUCAAAUCAAAUUGAAACUUGCAUUAAGUGUUUUGAAUUGUUACAUUACAGGAGGGAUGAUGUAUAAUACUUCCAUGCUUACUUCCAGCCUGCUCUUAUACUAGAACCCCUCCCGAUAUUUGUAAGUCGCUCUGGAUAAGAGCGUCUGCUAAAUGAUGUAAAUGUAAAUGUAAAUGUAAUUGCUGCUUGUAGCUACACUGAGUGUACAAAACAUUAGGAACGCCUUCCUAAUAUUGAGUUACACCCCCGUUAGCCCUCAGAACAGCCUCAAUUCGUCGGGGCAUGGGCUCUACAAGGUGUCGAAAGUGUUCCACAGGGAUGCUGGCCCAUGUUGACUCCAAUGCUUCCCACAGUUGUGUCAAGUUGGCUGGAUGUCCUUUGGGGUUGUGGACCAUUCUUGAUACACACAGGGAAACUUUUGGGCAUGAAAAACCCAGCAGCGUUGUAAUUCUUGACACACUCAAACCAGUGUGCUUGGCACCAUACACCAUUCAAAGGCAAUUAAAUACAGUAUUUUGUCUUGCCCAUUCACCCUUUGAAUGGCACACAUACACAAUCCAUGGCUCAGGUGUUCCAGGUGUUCCUAAUGUUUUGUACACUCAGUGUAUAUUUGGGUGUCAUUUUAUUGUAUAUUCUUAUUUAAUUUGAUUGAGUUUUUUUAUCUAGGUGCUGCAAUUGGCUGUGGAUCUUACUUUUCUGUGGACCCCAUAUCUGCAAGUGGAUAUGCCAAGCCCGAUGCACAAGGGCUCAAGGGCAUGUACCUGGCCAGGGUUCUUGUUGGAGACUACACUCAGGGACCUCCAGGCUUGCUAAUUCCCCCUGCCAAACCUUCAGGGAAGCGACAGCAGAUAGAACCUCCAAUCCAACCUUUUUUGUAAUCUUCAGUGAUGUGCAGGCUUAUCCAGAAUUCCUUAUCACAUUCCGGUAAAUGUGUUGUAGUUGUACAUCUAUUUCCCAAUACUUAAUGUAUUGCAUGUAUCCAAAGUUCAUGUUUUUUAAAGAUACAGUAUAUGGAUAUGCUAGAGCCCUCAUACUGACCUUUUGACAUCAUUUACUGGCAUAACCUGGUUAUACACUUACUGCUUAGAGGAUAAUAAAAAAAACUGUUUUGUGUGGUGGUGGGGGGGGGGGGGGUUGGGUAUAUCAAUCAGCAAAACAUUUAGAAUGUCCCUUGUCUCUGUAUAAUGGGUUAAUAAAUAACUAAAAAAAGAAAGAUCAGAAAGAUCUUCAAUCUUAUUAGUGUUCAGUUACAGUCGGUUUGGUGGACAUUUAUCAAUUCUAUUUUUUAUGAUUUCCCCAAUUUACUGAAUGUUUUUGUUGCUGUUGAAUCUGAAUUGCUAAUUGAAUUGUGUGAUAUUUUCACAAUCUGAUCUGUAUUUGGGGCCUUUGCAGAGCUGUGAUAGUACAGCCUCCUAACCUGAAGGGGGCCCCAUUGGUCAAAUGAUGAGUGACAAAACCUUAUCUCGCCUAUUCAUAUGGAAUUGUAUCACACACACACACACACACACACACACACACACACACACACACACACACACACACACACACACACACACACACACACACACACACACACACACACACACACACACACACACACACACACACACACACAAAUAAAUGUUAACUUCAAGUACAUAAACUCAACACACAGGCUUGUGAUGCAUUACUGCAGUAAUUUGUAAUUUUAUGACUUCAGUUUGUGUAUAAGAUAAAUUAAAAUAUAAUUAUUAUAUUAUAAAAUGUAAAUGCAUUGUAACAACUUUAUAAAAGAGUUUGGCUGCAAUGGCCGGUAAUCAAAUCCGUAAACAUGAGUACCCUCAUAGAUAUCAUCCUGACUAACUUACCCUCUAAAUACACCACUGCUGUCUUCAACCAGGAUCUCAGCGAUCACUGCCUUAUUGUCUGCGUCCGUAACGGGUCCGCGGUCAAACGACCACCCCUCAUCACUGUCAAACGCUCCCAAAAACACUUCAGCGAGCAGGCCUUCCUAAUUGACCUGGCCCAGGUAACCUGGAUGGAUAUAGAUCUCAUUCCGUCAGUAGAGGAUGCCUGGUUGUUCUUUAAAAGUAAUUUCCUCUCAAUCUUAAAUAAACAUGCCCCAUUCAAAAAAUACAGAACUAAGAACAGAUAUAGCCCCUGGUUUUCCUCAGACUUGACUGCCCUUGACCAGCACAAAAACAUCCUGUGGCGUACUGCAUUAGCAUCAAAUAGCCCCCGCGAUAUGCAACUUUUCAGGGAAGUUAGGAACCAAUAUACACAAGCAGUUAGGAAAGCAAAGGCUAACUUUUUCAAACAGAAAUUUGCAUCCUGUAGCACUAACUCCAAAAAGUUUUGGGACACUGUAAAGUCCAUGGAAAAUAAGAGCACUUCCUCCCAGCUGCCCACUGCACUGAGGCUAGGAAACACUAUCACCACCGAUAAAUCUACAAUAAUCGAGAAUUUCAACAAGCAUUUUGCUACGGCUGGCCAUGCUUUCCACCUGGCUACCACUACCCCGGCCACCAGCUCUGCACCCUCCGCAGCAACUUGCCCAUGCCCCCCCCGCUUCUCCUUCACACAAAUCCAGACAGCUGAUGUUCUGAAAGAGCUGCAAAAUCUGGACCCCUACAAAUCAUCUGGGCUAGACAAUCUGGACCCUUUCUUUCUAAAACUAGCCGCCGAAAUUGUCGCAACCCCUAUUACUAGCCUGUUCAACCUCUCUUUCGUAACGUCUGAGAUCCCCAGAGAUUGGAAAGCUGCCGCGGUCAUCCUCCUUUUCAAAGGGGGUGACACUCUAGAUCCAAACUGUUACAGACCCAUAUCCAUCCUGCCCUGCCUUUCAAAAGUUUUUGAAAGCCAAGUUAACAAACAGAUCACCGACCAUUUCGAAUCCCACCGUACCUUCUCCGCUAUGCAAUCCGGUUUCCGAGCUGGUCAUGGGUGCACUUCAGCCACGCUCAAGGUCCUAAACGAUAUUAUAACCGCGAUCGAUAAUAGACAGUACUGUGCAGCCGUUUUCAUUGACCUGGCCAAGGCUUUAUACUCUGUCAACCACCGCAUUCUUAUUGGCAGACUAAAUAGCCUUGGUUUCUCAAAUGACUGCCUCGCCUGGUUCACCAACUACUUCUCUGAUAGAGUUCAAUUUGUCAAAUCGGAGGGCCUGUUGUCUGGACCUAUGGCAGUCUCUAUGGGGGUGCCACAGGGUUCAAUUCUUGGGCCGACUCUUUUCUCUGCGUAUAUCAAUGACGUCGCUCUUGCUGCUGGUGACUCUCAGAUCCACCUCUACGCAGACGACACCAUUUUGUAUACAUCUGGCCCUUCAUUGGACACUGUGUUAACAAACCUCCAAACGAGCUUCAAUGCCAUACAACACUCCUUCAGUAGCCUCCAACUGCUCUUAAACACUAGUAAAACUAAAUGCAUGCUCUUCAACCGAACGCUGCUUGCACCCGCCCACCCGACUAGAAUCACUACUCUCGACGGGUCUGACCUAGAGUAUGUGGACAACUACAAAUACCUAGGUGUCUGGUUAGACUGUAAACUCUCCUUCCAGACUCUCAUUAAGAAUCUCCAAUCCAAAGUUAAAUCUAGAAUCGGUUUCCUAUUUCGCAACAAAGCCUCCUUCACUCAUGCUGCCAAACAUGCCCUCGUAAAACUGACAAUCCUACCGAUCCUUGACUUCGGCGAUGUCAUUUACAAAAUAGCCUCCAACACUCUACUCAGCAAAUUGGAUGUAGUCUAUCACAGUGCCAUCCAUUUUAUCUCCAAAGCCCCAUAUACUACCCACCACUGUGACCUGUACGCUCUUGUUGGCUGGUCCUCACUACAUGUUCGUCGCCAAACCCACUGGCUCCAGGCCAUCUAUAAAUCACUGCUAGGCAAAUCCCCGCCUUAUCUUAGCUCAAUGGUCACCAUAGCAACACCCACCCGUAGUAUGCGCUCCAGCAGGUAUAUCUCACUGGUCAUCCCCAAAGCCAACACCUCCUUUGGCCGCCAUUCCUUCCAGUUCUCUGCUGCCAAUGACUGGAACAAAUUGCAAAAAUCUCUGAAGCUGGAGACACUUAUCUCCCUCACUAACUUUAAGCAUCAGUUGUCAGAGCACCUUACCGAUCCCUGCACCUGUACACAGCCCAUCUGAAAUUAGCCCGCCCAACUACCUCAUCCCUAUAUUGCUAUUUAUUUUGCUCAUUUGUACCCCAGUAUCUCUAUUUGCACAUCAUCUCUUGCACAUCUAUCAUUCCAGUGUUAAUACUAAUUGUAAUUAUUUUGCACUAUAGCCUAUUUAUUGCCUUACCUCCAUAACUUGCUACAUUUGCACACACUGUAUAUAUAUUUAUUUCUGUUGUAUUUUUGACUUUGUUUUGUUUUACCCCAUAUGUAACUCUGUGUUGUUGUUUUUAUCGCAAUGCUUUGCUUUAUCUUGGCCAGGUCGCAGUUGUAAAUGAGAACUUGUUCUCAACUGGCUUACCUGGUUAAAUAAAGGUUAAAUAAAAAAUAAAUAAAAAAAAACCCGGGUUAGCGGCCACUGCUUGGACACACAGACAGGACGUUCUACAGAGCCCAAGGACAGAAUGUCUGUUCUGUUAUGUUCCGUGUGAUGGGACACAUCCAAUAGGGAGACAGAGGAGCAUCAUAGGGUCUAUGUCCACCAUUACUCAUACAGUAGCCUUGGUCUCAGACAGAGGAUCAUCAUAGGGUCUAUGUCCACCAUUACUCAUACAGUAGCCUUGGUCUCAGACAGAGGAAGUCACGUUGAACAGUGGGUUUGGUGGGGAGGUUUUGGGAAAGAAGUGCCCAGGUCCACAGUGAACUCCCGACAUCCUACAGUCAGCCCCUUUUAGAACAACGAAAUUGUUAAAUUGCAGUAGUAGCAAUUAGCAAUCACAUGUCCCAUCCCACUGGGCACACACUGGUUGAAUCAAUGUUGUUUCAAUGUAAUUUGUCAACGUAUUGUGAUGUGGAAUCAAUGUGGAAAGUACACUGAAUUUGAACAAAGUCAUCAACCAGUACAGCAGGGAUCAUCAACUAGAUUCAGCCGCGGGCCGAUUUUUUCUUGAGUGGAUGGUCAGGGGGCUGGAACAUAAUUACAAAUAAUUUGUAGACAGCAAAUUGACCGCAAUUAGCCCAAACAGAUAUAAUUUUUGACUAAAACAUAAUAGUUUCAAACCUUGCUGACAUUUGUAUACAAUCACAUAUAUCUCUCUAUUACGCGUGUUGGAAUACUUUGGAAUAGACUUCCAAAAUUAAAAUCACUUGGAGCUGAUUUGCUGGUGUUUUUACAGUCUCAUGUCCAACAAUAAAAUAAAAUAAUAUACAGUAUAUAUAUAGUGGCGUACAGCAGGUCAGCCACCAGGGGAGACUCGUCGAUGCCUGGUGACAGAUGGAGGAUACAUCACGAGGCGGUGGCUCCAUCUGCUGGACGUGCCAGGUCUCGAAGGGCUCCCCGGACAGGACUAAUUGGGGCUGAUUGGGAGCUGGUGAGUAAUUAAGGGCGGAUUGCUCACCAGCUGUGCAAGGCCCAUAAAGCUGCCAGAAGGGCAGCACACGAGAGAGGACUGGGGGAAGUAAGAUAACUUCUGUGUAGUUGGAGACGGUAUCCUGGAGAGGGUCUCAAGGGGCAGGACUGGGGGAAGUAAGGUAACUUCCGUGUUUCAAAGUCAUGCUAUCAACCUUCCUGUGUAAUCGAUCAUUCCAUUCUCCCCGAAAUCUUCUUGUAAGAUCCCCCUCAAAUGCCAGUUGGAUUAGUUGAGCUUUCCUGGGGUGUAGCAUGCUUCUUCUGAGCUGACUGAACACAUUUGUCAAAGUGGAAAAUGAGUUCUCGCAUGUAGCUAUGGACACCCCAAAAUCAAUCCAUGUGUCAGUGCAGUGGUUUCACCUUUUUCACAUCUGGAAAGUAAUGACUCUCUUGGUCAAGGGCACACAGGGGCUCCUCCAGUUAGCUGUUUGCGUUCUCUGAAUCAUUCUGACAUUUCACUAAGGACAGCAUCCAGGAUCUUUUACGCUCAGUCUCUUCUCCUCUGACCUGCUGGCCUACUGUACUGUCCACCUUUAAUUGCUGGAAAGAUGUACAGUGCAUUCGGAAAGUAUUCAGACCCCUUGACUUUUCCACAUUUUGAUACGUUACAGCCUUAUUCUAAAAUGGAUUAAAUAAAUACAAAAAUCCUCAUCAUUCUACACACAAUACCCCAUAAUGACAAAGCGAAAACGUUUUUUUUAGAAAUGUUUGCAAAUGUAUUACAAACAAAAGACAGAAAUACCCAAUUUACAUAAGUAUUUAGACCCUUUGCUAUGACACUCGAAAUUGAGCUUGCAUCCCGUUUCCAUUGAUUAUCCUUGAGAUGUUUCUACAACUUGAUUGGAGUCCACCUGUGGUAAAUUCAAUUGACUGGACAUGUUUUGGAAAGGCACACACCUGUCUAAAUAAUAUCCCACAGUUGAUAAUGCAUGUCAGAGCAAAAACCAAGCCAUGAGGUCAAAGGAAUUGUCCGUAGAGCUCCGAGACAGGAUUGUGUCGAGGCACAGAUCUGGGGAAGGGUGCCAAAACAUUUCUGCAGCAUUGAAGGUCCCCACGAACACAGUGUCCUCCAUCAUUCUUAAAUGGAAGAAGUUUGGAACCACCAAGACUCUUCCUAGAGCUGGCCACCUGGCCAAACUGAGCAAUCGGGGGAGAAGGUCCUUGGUCAGGGAGGUGAUCAAGAACCCGAUGGUCACUCUGACAGAGCUCCACAGUUCCUCUGUGGAGAUGGGAGAACCUCCCAGAAGGAAAACCAUCUCUGCAGCACUCCACCAAUCAGGCCUUUAUGGUAGAGUGGCCAGAUGGAAGCCACUCCUCAGUAAAAGGCACAUGACAGCCCACUUGGAGUUUGCCAAAAGGCACCUAAAGGACUCUCAGACCAUGAGAAACAGGAUUCUCUGGUCUGAUGAAACCAAGAUUGAACUCUUUGGCCUGAAUGCCAAGUGUCACGUCUGGAGGAAACCUUGCACCAUUCCUAUGGGGAAGCAUAUUGGUGGCAGCAUCAUGCUGUGAGGAUGUUUUUCAGCGGCAGGGAAUGGGAGACUAGUCAGGCUCAAGGGAAAGAUGAACGGAGCAAAGUUCUGAGAGAUCCUUGAUGAAAACCUGCUCCAGAGUGCUCAGGACCUCAGACUGGGGUGAGGGUUCACCUUCCAACAGGACAACGACCCUAAGCACACAGCCAAGACAACACAGGAGUGGUUUCGGGACAAGUCUCUGAAUGCCCUUGAGGGGCCCAGCCAGAGCCCGGACUUGAACCCGAUCGAACAUCUCUGGCGAGACCUGAAAAUAGCUGUGCAGUGACGUUCCCCAUCCAUCCUGAUAGAGCUUGAGAGGAUCUGCAGAGAACAAUGGGAGAAACUCCCCAAAUACAGGUGUGCCAAGCUUGUAGCGUCAUACCCAAUUAGACUUGAGGCUGUAAUCGCUGCCAAAGGUGCUUCAACAAAGUACUGAGUAAAGGGUCUGAAUUCUUAUGUAAAUAUGAUAUUUCCAUGUAUUAUUUGUUAUAAAUUUGCAAAUAUUUAUAAAAACCUGUUUUUGCUUUGUCAUUAUGGGGUAUUGUGUGUAGAUUAAUGAGGGGGAAAAAACUAUUGAAUCCAUUAUAGAAUAAGGCUGUAAUGUAAUAAAAUGUGGAAAAAGUCAAGGGGUCUGAAUACUUUCCGAAUGCACUGUAUUUACAUAACUUUGUUGUUUGCUUGGAACUGGUGGUGCAUCACUGGCACUGAAUUGCGCCCAAAUGGCUUCGAACUCGGUGUCACUCAUCAGUAAUUUGUUUGAAGGAUCGAGAAGACUGAGGAUUCUGGGGGCUUUAAACCAUCAUAUGGUGGCUGUAAACAUAAAGCCGGGGUCAGUCACCGUCUUCAGCAGCCCUGUAGCCUCGAGCCUUACCGUGGUCCUCUGUAGCUCAGCUGGUAGAGCACGGCGCUUGAAACGCCAAGGUAGUGGGUUCGAUCCCCGGGACCACCCAUACACAAAAAUGUAUGCACGCAUGACUGUAAGUCGCUUUGGAUAAAAGCGUCUGCUAAAUGGCAUAUUAUUAUUAUAUUAUUACCUCUGUGCUGUACGAACGCUGUGAGAUCAUUCUCUGUGAGAGAGGAACUUCACAAUGCUGUCACAAGCUUUAACAACCACUGACACUGUAGCCAGGGGUCCCCUUCUCCUUUGGCUUUGUGUGGGUAUUUUGACGAAGCCAAUUUCUGAAAUCCAUCGUGGCAGUGGCAGAUUAGCUGGUUCGAGCUAGCUAAAUAUGCUGAGGCUAAUAACACUAAAGCUUUUUACAGCUAGCUAAGAAGCUAACUGAACUCUGUAGUGGUGGGGCGUGAGGCAGAGUUGUGUGAAGCAGCUUCAACUGUAAACUUGACCCCACCCUUAGAAAUAUAAAAUGUUAUAUUACAGGUGGAGGCGUAACACGUAAUUAUUCACUACCACAGAUGAGAAGCGUUUUUCCCUGCUUUUUAUGGAAACCCAAAGGAGUACCUAACCGCCUCAGUGGCUAAUCUGGCUGUGUGUGUGUACAGUUGAAGUCGGAAGUUUACGUACACCUUAGCCAAAUACAUUUAAACUCAGUUUUUCACAAUUUCUGACAUUUAAUCCUAGUAAAAAUUCCCUGUCUUAGGUCAGUUAGGAUCACCAAUUUAUUUUAAGAAUGUGAAAUGUCAGAAUAAUAGUAGAGAGAAUGAUUAAUUUCAGCUUUUAUUUAUUUCAUCACAUUCCCAGUGGGUCAGAAGUUUACGUACACUCAAUUAGUAUUUGGUAGCAUUGCCUUUAAAUUGUUUAGCUUCCCACAAUUAGUUGGAUGAAUUUAGGCCCAUUCCUCCUGACAGAACUGGUGUAACUGAGUCAGGUUUGUAGGCCUCCUUGCUCGCACACGCUUUUUCAGUUCUGCCCACAAAUGUUCUAUAGGAUUGAGGUCAGGGCUUUGUGAUGGCCACUCCAAUCAAUCAAUCAAUUUUAUUUUAUAUAGCCCUUCUUACAUCAGCUAAUAUCUCGAAGUGCUGUACAGAAACCCAGCCUAAAACCCCAAACAGCUAGUAAUGCAGGUGUAGAAGCACGGUGGCUAGGAAAAACUCCCUAGAAAGGCAAAACCUAGGAAGAAACCUAGAGAGGAACCAGGCUAUGAGGGGUGGCCAGUCCUCUUCUGGCUGUGCCGGGUGGAGAUUAUAACAGAACCAUGCCAAGAUGUUCAAAAAUGUUCAUAAGUGACAAGCAUGGUCAAAUAAUAAUCAGGAAUAAAUCUCAGUUGGCUUUUCAUAGCCGAUCAUUAGAGUUUAAAACAGCAGGUCUGGGACAGGUAGGGGUUCCAUAACCGCAGGCAGAACAGUUUUAAACUGGAAUAGCAGCAAGGCCAGGCGGACUGGGGAUAGCAAGGAGUCACCACGGCCGGUAGUCCCGACGUAUGGUCCUAGGGCUCAGGUCUCUCAGUUGGCUUUUCAUAGCCGAUCAUUUAGAGUUGAAAACAGCAGGUCUGGGACAGGUAGGGGUUUCGUAGCCGCAGACAGAACAGUUGAAACUGGAAUAGCAGCAAGGCCAGGCGGACUGGGGGCAGCAGGGUGUCAUCAUGCCCGGUAGUCCUGACGUAUGGUCCUAGGGCUCAGGUUCUCAGAGAGAAAGAGAGAACGAGAGAAUUAGAGAGAGCAUACUUAAAUUCACACAGGACACUGGAUAAGACAGGAGAAGUACUCCAGGUAUAACCAACUAACCCCAGCCCCCCGACACAUAAACUACUGCAGCAUAAAUACUGGAGGCUGAGACAGGAGCGGUCCGGAGACACUGUGGCCCCAUCCGAAGAAACCCCCGGACAGGGCCAAACAGGAAGGAUAUAACCCCACCCACUCCGCCAAAGCACAGCCCCCGCACCACUAGAGGGAUAUCCCCAACCACCAACUUACAAUCCUGAGACAAGGCCGAGUAUAGCCCACAGAGGUCUCCACCACAGCACAAACCAAGGGGGGGGGGGGGGCGCCAACCCAGACAGGAAGAUCACGUCAGUAACUCAACCCACUCAAGUGACGCACCCCUCCCAGGGACGGCAUGAAAGAGCACCAGCAGGCCAGUGACUCAGCCCCUGCAACAGGGUUAGAGGCAGAGAACCCCAGUGGAGAGGGGAACCGGCCUGGCAGAGACAGCAAGGGCUGUUCGUUGCUCCAGCCUUUCCGUUCACCUGAGAGAGAAGACAGAGGGAGACACAGAGAAAGCAUACAGUAUGAGAGAGAAGAGAGAGGGAGACGCAGAGAAAGCAUACAGUAUGAGAGAGAAGACAGAGGGAGAGAACGACAGAGAAAGCCUAUACGAUAUUUGGCUCCAUAGGUUCUCACAUAAACUACUGCAGCAUAAAUACUGGAGGCUGAGACAGGGGCUGUGCUUUGGCGGAGUGGGUGGGGUUAUAUCCUUCCUGUUUGGCCCUGUCCGGGGGUUUCUUCGGAUGGGGCCACAGUGUCUCCGGACCGCUCCUGUCUCAGCCUCCAGUAUUUAUGCUGCAGUAGUUUAUGUGUCGGGGGGCUGGGGUUAGUUGGUUAUACCUGGAGUACUUCUCCUGUCUUAUCCAGUGUCCUGUGUGAAUUUAAGUAUGCUCUCUCUAAUUCUCUCGUUCUCUCUUUCUCUCUGAGAACCUGAGCCCUAGGACCAUACGUCAGGACUACCGGGCAUGAUGACACCCUGCUGCCCCCAGUCCGCCUGGCCUUGCUGCUAUUCCAGUUUCAACUGUUCUGCCUGCGGCUACGAAACCCCUACCUGUCCCAGACCUGCUGUUUUCAACUCUAAAUGAUCGGCUAUGAAAAGCCAACUGAGAGACCUGAGCCCUAGGACCAUACGUCGGGACUACCGGCCGUGGUGACUCCUUGCUAUCCCCAGUCCGCCUGGCCUUGCUGCUAUUCCAGUUUAAACUGUUCUGCCUGCGGUUAUGGAACCCCUACCUGUCCCAGACCUGCUGUUUUAAACUCUAAUGAUCGGCUAUGAAAAGCCAACUGAGAUUUAUUCCUGAUUAUUAUUUGACCAUGCUUGUCACUUAUGAACAUUUUUGAACAUCUUGGCAUGGUUCUGUUAUAAUCUCCACCCGGCACAGCCAGAAGAGGACUGGCCACCCCUCAUAGCCUGGUUCCUCUCUAGGUUUCUUCCUAGGUUUUGCCUUUCUAGGGAGUUUUUCCUAGCCACCGUGCUUCUACACCUGCAUUACUAGCUGUUUGGGGUUUUAGGCUGGGUUUCUGUACAGCACUUCGAGAUAUUAGCUGAUGUAAGAAGGGCUAUAUAAAAUAAAAUUGAUUGAUUGAUUGGAGUGGCCAUCACAAAGCCCUGACCUCAAUCCUAUAGAACAUUUGUGGGCAGAACUGAAAAAGCGUGUGCGAGCAAUACCUUGACUUUGUUGUCCUUAAGCCAUUCUGCCACAACUUUGGAAGUAUGCUUGGGGUCAUUGUCCAUUUGGAAGACCCAUUUGCGACCAAGCUUUAACUUCCUGACUGAUGUCUUGAGAUGUUGCCUCAAUAUAUCCACAUAUUUUUCCUUCCUCAUGAUGUCAUCUAUUUUGUGAAGUGCACCAGUCCCUCCUGCAGCAAAGCACCCCCACAGCAUGAUGCUGCCACCCUCGUGCUUCAUGGUUGGGAUGGUGUUCUUUGGCUUGCAAGCAUUCCCCUUUUUCCUCCAAACAUAACGAUGGUCAUUAUGGCCAAACAGUUCUAUUUUUGUUUCAUCAGACCAGAGGACAUUUCUCCAGAGGCAAACCGUAGUCUGGCUUUUUUAUGGCGGUUUUGGAGCAGUGGCUUCUUCCUUGCUGAGCGGCCUUUCAGGUUAUGUCGAUAUAGGACUCGUUUUACUGUGGAUAUAGAUAGUUUUGUACCUGUUUCCUCCAGCAUCUUCACAAGGUCCUUUGCUGUUGUUCUGGGAUUCAGAUGAACGUGGUACAUUCAGGCGUUUGGAAAUUGCUCCCAAGGAUGAACCAGACUUGUGGAGGUCUACAAUUUCUUUUCUGAGGUCUUGGCUGAUUUCUUUUGAUUUUCCCAUGAUGUCAAGCAAAGAGGCUUGAGGUAGGCCUUGAAAUACAUCCACAUGUACACCUCCAAUUCACUCAAAUGAUGUCAAUUAGCCUAUCAGAAGCUUCUAAAGCCAUUACAUCAUUUUCUGGAAUUUUCCAAGCUGUUUCAAGGCACAGUCAACUUAGUGUAUGUAAACUUCUGACCCACUGGAAUUGUGACGCAGUGAAUUAUAAGUGAAAUAAUCUCUGUAAACAAUUGUUGGAAGCAUUACUUGUGUCAUGCACAAAGUAGAUGUCCUAACCGACUUGCCAAAACAAUAGUUUGUUAACAAGAAAUGUGUGGAGUGGUUGAAAGAACGAGUUUUAAUGACUCCAACCUAAGUGUAUGUGUAUGUGUUGGGGGCAUAGUGUCUGUUUUGAGAGAUAGGAAGUGUGUGUAUGUGUUGGGGGCAUAGUGUCUGUUUUGAGAGAUAGGAAAUCUUGAAUCAUUUCUAAAGCUGGAUCCCUGCACCACAGUACUACUGGAGCCUGGAGGUGGUGCAGAAAGAGGAGACUUUACAGGAGAGGAAGAUCUCUGGAGACAGAGCUACACAC